CGUUGAACCACGGAGUGUCGCCAGGUAAUGAUGUCAUCAACAAGAACUUUCAGGAAGGUUGUUCUGAGUUGCGUCAGUUUCUACGGUACGCAACAACUGAGGACAGAUUUUAACGUUCGCAUACAUUUAGCAAGUGCUUUGAAACGAUGCUGGUGACCAGGCUAGCAUGCCUGCGCAGUAUGCCUGUGAUAGGGCUGCGCUCUGCGCUAGCCCAGAGCUCCCCAACUCUGAGGAGCUCCUUCUUAAAGAGCAGUCAGCCCCUACUGAAGCCUUCCCAGGGGUAUUCCACAAAAGCUCGGUUUGGUUUCCGACGGGGCAAGACUGCUAAAGACCAGCUCAAAGAAGCGGCCUUUGAGCCAUCCGCUGAAACCUUCAUAAAAGUGGAUAACAUGGGGCGGAUGCUGCUGGGCGGCGGGGCCGCCGUAGGCCUCGGGGCCCUGUGCUAUUAUGGCCUGGGGAUGUCCAAUGAGAUCGGCGCCAUCGAGAAAGCAGUCAUCUGGCCCCAGUAUGUGAAGGACAGGAUCCACUCCACCUACAUGUACUUCGCGGGCAGCGUGGGGUUCACUGCCCUCUCCGCGAUGGCGGUGAGCCGGACGCCGGCGCUCAUGGGCCUGAUGAUGAGGGGCUCCUGGCUGGCUAUCGGUGCCACGUUUGCUGCCAUGAUCGGGGCGGGGAUGCUGGUCAGGUCCAUCUCUUAUGAGCACAGCCCGAUUCCCAAGCACCUCGCCUGGAUGUUCCACGCUGGCGUGAUGGGGGCGGUUGUGGCCCCCCUGACCCUGCUGGGUGGGCCCCUCAUCGUGCGCGCCGCCUGGUACACGGCGGGCAUCGUGGGAGGCCUGUCCACGGUCGCCAUGUGCGCCCCCAGCGAGAAGUUCCUCAACAUGGGCGGCCCCCUGGCGGUGGGGCUGGGCGUGGUCUUCGCCUCGUCCAUCGGCUCCAUGUUCCUGCCCCCCACGUCCCCCUUCGGGGCGGGCCUGUACGGGGUGGCCGUGUACGGAGGGCUCAUCCUCUUCAGCAUGUUCCUCCUGUACGACACGCAGAAGGUCAUCAAGCGGGCGGAGACCUUCCCCCUGUACGCCGCUCAGAAAUACGACCCCAUCAACUCAUGCUUGGGAAUAUACAUGGACACUCUGAACAUCUUCAUGAGGAUGGUGAUGAUUCUGGCCAAUGGCGGAGCAGGGAAGAGGAAGUGAACAUCUUCAGCAUUCUACAGAUGGACUAAAAGCACUGCUUCCUGUGAAACGGACUUCUUCCUGCAAGCCUGCACUGGAGUUACAAUAUACUUUUAGAACACAGCUCUUUCAUUUACCCUGGCAUUGGAGCUUAAAUUGUACACAUUAGUUUCAGUGUAAGUUGUCUUGUUAAAACUAGAUAACUUAUUUGUAAAGAAAUCACUCAUUGAUUUGCUUUGCAUAUGCAUUUGUUGUUUAAUUAAAGGAAUUCUGACAUGAUAGUGGAUUAUCAAAAUAUUGUUGAUCCUUGCUCGUACCUCAACCUUUUUUUCCUUAAAUAUUUAUACAUGUGGUUGUUAAUGUGUCGUAAUUUUUGAAUGCAAAGCAAAUCAGAAAGCUGUGGGGCUGUAUUGUCAUGGUAAAUUUCCAGUGUGGCAUAUGAUCUCCCUUUGAACGUGUGCAGUAUGGGUGUUUCCUUGCAAAAUGGUGGACCUGCAUGUGUGCUGUAAAAUGGGGUUUUCAUCGGUGGUUCAUUGGAGUAUUUGCUUUGAUUGAAGUUGAUUUAGACACAGCAGUGAAAAAAGCUCCUAAUAAAGUUAAGAACAACAGCAUUUCCCCUGUUGGAGAA